UUUGAAUAUGCUCUAGGUGAAUUAGUUAUGGUUAAAAAUGUCAAGAAAACCAAAUUUGAUGUUUUUAGUAACGGUCCUUUUUUGAUUUCCAAAGUUUUAGGUAAACAUACUUAUGAAAUUAGUACAUUAUCCCAUAGAGUUUUAGGUACUUAUGAUGUUAAUAGGAUAUUUCCUGCUUAUCAAGUCCUUGGUUCACCAAUUCGGUCUUAUUCUGAUAUCUCCAAACAAAUUUUUUUAGCUGAAAAACAAUUUGUGGCCCACAAUCUUCAGCCAGGUCAAGAUGAUUAA